CUUAUGACAUAUGAACUUGCCAUAAGCUGUUUUCAUAAGCUAUCUUGGAAAGCUUAUGUAAAUAAGACGAAAACAGGUUAUUAGCAGCUUAUGUUAUAAAACAAGCGCUUAUGUCUAAGCUUGCAUACGCUUUUUAUUAUAGCAAAAGAUAAACCAAUGUAAAAUUGUUUUUAUAUAUGCCUUAAGCUGUUUUUAUAAACUAUAUUGGAGAACUUAUGGAAAUAAGUUGAAAAAAGCUUAUGAAAAUUGUCAUAAGCUGUUUUCAUGAAUUCUCCCAAACAAUCUCACAGAACAGCUUAUGUAAAUAAUCCAAACAGGCCUUAUGUCAUAAGCUGUUUUCAUAAGUUCUCUUAAACAGUGUCACAGGUGCUUAUGUCAGUAGAUAAGCUCAAAAAAGUCAAUCCAAAGAGGUUCAAUAUGACAUUGUUAAGUAAACACUAUAUAUUAGAGACAACUAAACAGAACAAACAUAUGUUUGAACUCAAUGUAUGGACACUAUGGAGAGUGUUCAUUGUGCAAAUGGGAACCAAAAAAAUUGAAGAUAAGCUUUUUGCUGAGAUAAAAGGAAGGAUAAAGGAGGAAGAUAUAUCUGCACCCGUACGCAAAGGGCCUUAUUACUAUUAUAAGAAAACAUUGGAAGGAAAGGAGUAUGUUCAAUAUUGUAGACGCCUUAUAUCUGAUAACCAAAAGGUUCCAUCUGUUAAUGACACCAUGCCUACAGGACCUGAUGCUCCUCCGGAGCAUGUUAUUUUGGAUGAGAAUAUCAAGGCACAACAGCACGAAUAUUACAGUAUCGGUACUUUUAAGGUUAGCCCAAAUAACAAGUUAGUAGCAUAUGCAGAAGACACCAAAGGAGAUGAAAUAUAUACUGUUUAUGUCAUGGAUAUUGAGACUCAAGCUCCGAUUGGAGAGCCUCUUGUCAGUGUAACAUCAAACCUUGAAUGGGCUGGUGAUGAUGCUCUAGUUUAUGUAACAAUGGAUAAUAUUCUUAGACCUGACAAGGCAUGGUUUCAUGCGUUAGGAACAAAACAAUCAAAAGAUACUUGUCUUUACGAGGAAAAAGAUGAUACGUUUUCUCUUGACCUUGAAGCUUCCGAGAACAAGAAAUAUUUGUUUGUUGCAUCGGAAAGUAAAACUACAAGGUUCAAUUUUUAUCUUGAUGUUUCCAAGCAUGAAGAAGGUCUUAAAGUUUUGACACAACGUGUGGAUGGUAUUGACACUACUGUCAGCCAUCGUGGAGAUCAUUUCUUUAUUAAGCGGAGAAGUGAUCAAUUUUUCAAUUCAGAAGUUGUAGCAUGUGCUGUCAACAACACCUCUUCAACUACAGUUCUUAUUCCCCACAGAGAAAGUGUGAAAAUUCAGGAGAUACAACUUUUUAGCGAUCAUCUUGUUGCAUAUGAGAGAGAAAAUGGUCUACCAAAAAUAAUUGUUUAUCACCUUCCAUCUGUUGGUGAACCUCUAAGAAGUCUUGAAAGUGGUCAGGUGGUUAGUUUUAUUGAUCCAGUAUACUAUGUGGAUUCUUCAGAGUCAGAGUUUUCGUCAAGUAUUUUACGAUUUUCAUAUAGCUCAUUGAAGACGCCUCCCUCUGUUUAUGACUAUGAUAUGAAGGCUGGAAUCUCAGUUUUGAAGAAGAUUGACUCGGUUCUCGGAGGUUUUGAUGCAACAAAAUACGUCACUGAAAGGCAGUGGGCACGUGCUUCAGAUGGAACUUUGAUUCCCAUGUCACUUGUAUACCGAAAAGAUCUUGUGAAGCUCGAUGGAUCAGAUCCAUUACUACUUUAUGGCUACGGGUCUUAUGAGGCAUGCAUAGAUCCCAGUUUCAAGUCAUCAAGGCUUUCAUUGUUAGAUCGAGGUUUCAUAUAUGUUAUAGCUCAUAUACGCGGAGGUGGUGAAAUGGGGAGGCAGUGGUAUGAGAAUGGGAAGCUGCUCAAGAAAAAGAACACUUUCACUGAUUUUAUUGCAUGUGCUGAACAUUUGAUUGAAAAAAAAUUCUGUUCCAAGGAAAGACUUUGCAUAAAUGGCAGAAGUGCUGGGGGUUUGCUAAUUGGUGGAGUUCUUAAUAUGAGACCGGAUUUAUUCAAGGCUGCUGUGGCCGGAGUACCUUUUGUGGAUGUUGUGACAACAAUGCUUGAUCCAACUAUUCCUCUCACUACUUCUGAAUGGGAGGAAUGGGGUGAUCCUAGGAAGGAGGAAUUCUACUUCUACAUGAAGUCAUAUUCCCCUGUUGAUAAUGUCAAAGUACAGAAUUACCCACAUAUUCUUGUUACAGCUGGAUUAAAUGACCCACGUGUUCUGUAUUCUGAACCUGCAAAGUUCGUGGCAAAAUUGAGGGAUAUGAAAACUGAUGAUAACAUACUGUUGUUUAAAUGUGAACUUGGUGCUGGACAUUUUUCGAAGUCGGGAAGAUUUGAGAAACUUCAGGAAGACGCCUUCACUUAUACAUUCUUCCUAAAGACUCUAAACAUGACUAAUCAUCUUUAGUCUUGGGAUGCCUAAAGUGUGGAUGCUGUGAAGAGAUGGAAUGAUUGGACUUAGUUACACAACCUUGUGACCCUAGCGGGUGUAUUAAUGUGUUGGAACAAAAAAUAUUUAGUCUGACAUACGGUUUACAAUAAAUUGUUUUUAUCACUGUCUAUCAUUAAGAAUAUAAUUCAAAAUGAUUUAAGGAGAAAAUAUAUAUUUAAAAUUCAAAUA